AUGAAUCAUCAUCACGCCGAGUCCUAUAUGAAUGGUUGGAUGGUUUCUCGUUGGUCAUCCUCUAACAACAGUGACAGUAACAAAAGUUGCCUUUUCACACAUAGUGAACCAUCCUCGCCAAGGGAAGUUUACAUGUCUUGCUUUUCGCACAAUGCCUUUGCUAUGAAACCACAACAAGGAUUUCAUUCAAAUGCAAACGUUGGUUCAGCAUCAUGUUCAGCAUCAUGUGAGGAUUAUUUCUAUAAUGCUAAGGACAAGCUCAAUUAUGAUAACGGCUGCAGUAGUAGCAGUAGGAAAGAUUUUCAUGAAACUGUUUCAGUAACAUCUGUGGAAGGACAUUCGACGCUUUCAACUGACAUUUCGGACUCUUAUUCUACUUUUCUCAAAUUGGAUGUGGAAGACUUCAUUCAAUCAUGCAUUAGCCAAUCACAGAAACAUUCUCUUUCUACAUGUAUUAAACAUGCUUCACAACAAACCAAGCCACAACAACAUUCUAAAAGUCAAUUUAAACAAAUAUAUGAAACAAAUCCUGUCUUGAAUGCUUCCACUCUACAACUAGAAGAAACAAUAGCUCUAACAAAUCCUCCCUCACUACCUCUCCCUCCAAAAAUUAGUAAGAAUUCGUCUUCGAGAAAGACACAUUCAUCUUCAUCAUCGAGUCUGGAUUCUCUUGUUCCAGAAAGAAGAAAGAGGAAUAAGAGAAGCUAUUUACCUGGUGAGAGGAAAAUGAUCAUGUGGAAGUGGAAUAAGGCAACAAUAAAAGAAGGUCUGUGA